AUCGAACAUACAUGUGUUUGUUUCAACAAUUUCAAACGUUCAAAAAGUUUAUAUGCAAAGGCACGUCUGUACCACGAGAAAACACCCCCUACUCCCUCCCCCCCACGUAAUGAGGAUGGCACCAGUGGGGAUAUCAAAAAGAACUUGCAGCCUGCCUUUGAGACAUAGGCCAAUGAGCGGGGACACACAUCGUUUCCCUUUGCUGAAGUGAAGAAAGAUGCCGCUGUCUCAGCUGUCGCUGUCGCUCGCGAUCCUGGCCUCCACGGCCGGGACCUACGCCAGCCUGCGCAACCCCAACCCGGAACCGUCCUCCCCGAGGCCGGGCCGCUCGUCCAGGCCGCCGAAGCACGCGGACUCGAUCCGCUGGAUGAACCUCACCCACCGGCACGCACCCAAGUUCAUUCUCCUCCCGCUCGCCUUCAUGUCCCUCCACCUCGCCGCCCUCGCCCUCUACUAUCCGGACAUCCCGCCGGCCAUCCUCCGCCACGGCGCCGAGAACGGUCUCAGCGCCGCCCUGACGACCUGGUCGCCCUCGACCGUCCUGCCGCUCGCCCUCAUCUUCGGCGUCGGCAUCCCGCUCCGCCUCGGGCCCUACCGCUCGCUCGGCAAGAACUUCACCUUCCAGCUCUCGCGCCCCGACAAGCUCAAGACCACGGGCAUCUACGCCCACGUCCAGCACCCGAGCUACACGGGCGUCGUCGUCCUCAUGCUGUCCAACGUCGCCCUGCUGGCCCGGCCCGACGGCGUCCUGGGCUGCUGGAUCCCGCCCCCCGUUCACCGCGGCCUGCGCGCCAUCGAGUGGAUCCUCGGCCCCGCCGCCUGCUCCGUCUUCCUGUUGGGCGUGUGGACGAGGGUGCGGGAGGAGGAGCGCAUGCUCAAGGCCGAGUUCGGGGACAAGUGGGAGCGGUGGCACGCCUCGACGGCGCGCUUCAUUCCCUACGUUUUAUGAGCACGUGGUUUCGUGCGGCCGGUGCUCUAGAGCCCCACAAGAGUUUCCAGGCUGCUGAGGAGGUGAACCUGGUGCAUCGGUAGUGGGCUUCGACCCAUGGUGGCAGACUAGACUUGAAAACGCAGCUUAUUUUGCUUCACGCUCAUAGACAAUGAUGGCCACUUUAUUUAUUCAUUUUGUCCCUUUUUUUUUUUCUUGCAGUUCAGAAGGAACGAUUCUGUAACCAUUUCUUCUGGUUAUUCAAACUCUACCGGCAGUCUCUGUGAUCAUCAUGUCUUCCUCUCUUUCUCUAUUACUGCGCUGAUCGGGUCUACGCGGGAUAUCUGACUCAAGGCUGCAUCUGGGAUCCAGCCAACCACUCUAUAAGUUCCACCCCAAAAUGGAGCCUAUCCGGCCAAUCCGCGGUAUCUGCAACACAUGAUUCUCCACUGCAGGGCUCUGCCCUCACUGCUCAUCUUGGUU